UCGCCGAGAUCUCCCACGGCGAUAUCCCGAGAACGAUUUGAGGCUCUAGAGAGAUUUCACGACCGCAUCAGUCGCAACCUAGCUCUCGAACAGGCUGCCUCCAGGGUGCUCGCUCGGUCCAGGAUGUCCUCCGGCUCUGACCGGUCUCUUCGCCGGCGAUUCAACCAGGAUUCUCAACCCUCUAGCAGCUUUUUGCCGCCUGCCAUUCCAAGUUCAACUUCUUCGGCCCCUACACCACCCUUACUUCCGUCCCUUCGUUCGCUUGGCUCAAGGCUGCGACCCGGCAUGUCGGCGCCCGGAGGCCAGAACGGCCGCCCUUCCCGUUAUUCGCCCUUUGACCGGGCAAUGGAGAGGCACCGAACUCAUAUGAACCCUGCCAGGGAGCGCAGCUACGUGACGCCUGGCGAGCUUCAAGACUCGUCCAGCUCUUCACAGCCUUCGCUCUUCGGUAGGAACACUCCUCCUGAGGAUAUGGAAGAACUAGAAAACUUUCGGCGCGCAAAGCGACGGAAGCUGGAUUCCGACAAGGUAUCGCCAAGUUACAAAAAUAUUCUGUAUGGAAAAUACGGCCAGGUGGAACCAGGUCCGCUUCUUUUGGAGAUCGUUAGCUGUGAUGGUGGCUUGUUCAGGGAUGGACGGGCCUAUGUGGCGGAGAACAUCCUGAAAGACGACGCUUCGGUUUAUUGCACAAGGACUAAUCGCUGCAACAUCAUACUACGACAUCACGGUGGUACUGUCUUCAGCUUGAAAGAGUUGGUCAUCAAAGCACCUGGUUCACAUUACUCUCAGCCGGUCCGAGAGGGCAUGGUGUUUGUUUCGAUGGAACAUGAUGACCUGUUGAAACGUACAGCGCAAUAUCAAAUUCAGUAUGAGCAACCAGCGAAUCCACAACCACGGACAUCACGCGACACUCCAACAAUCUACUCGGUCCGACACGACGAUGAUGGACGGAUCUACCCCUCGAGAUAUCGACGCGAUUACAUAUCAGAUCUGAUCAACACUAUAGAUGAUGAUGAGGACGAUGAUGAAGAUCAAGCAGCAGCCGCGCUACCUCCCGAGUUUUCGGCCGCAUCCCAACCGUUCAAUGUCACGACCGAAUGCAGUGAUGAUGAAAGCGAAGGAGACGAAAAUCAUUUGCGGCGUAGGCGAACCCUCAACAGGAUUGGUGCUUUGCCUUUUGAAAGCGACAGUAGUGAUGACGGAAGAGACCCAUGGAACCCCAGCGGUUUGGACUGGACUGAUCUCACUCGUGCGCGACCCUCUGCUAGUUGGCGUAACGAAUACGACACGGCAACCCCCGAACUUGAACGAGCGCGAGAAGCCUCGCAGGUGGCCACGCAGGAGGCGGUACGAGCCGUUGGCGGAGCGCUUAUGUCUCCGCUGGCUCAAUUUUACAUUGAGAAGGACAAGAACAAGUGUAUCAUCAAGUUCGACCCGCCGGUGAGCGCGCGGUACAUCCUGCUCAAGAUGUGGAGUCCACAUCCUGACCCUCUCAAAAACAUUGAUAUUCAGGGGGUUGUAGCGAAAGGUUUUGCUGGUCCGCAGCUAUUUCCAGCCCAAACACUGCAAUGA